CGCCUCCUUUGUUCUGCCCUCGAGCUACGGCGGGGUUUCCCAACAUGUUCAAGGGCGCUGCUCUUUUUUUGCUUCUCCUUUGCACUGCUUCUGUCUUCACCUUCCCUUUUCCCCAACGGCAGGUGUUACGCCGCCUUGCGCCCCAGCUCCGGGACCCUGUGCAUGGAGAAACGAACGCGAAGCGACUCGAGAGGGGCUUGCCUCUUUUACCGCCAGCUAGGAGGUGGAAUGCUGAAGCUUCACGAACUGAGACCGCCAAAAGGGCACAGGGCAGCGACACAUACCACUGGCACGGCAAAAUUCAAGUAAAUGCCACGAAUAAUGGAAACUUAGUUGGAUACCUCGAACUGGGCACCAAUUGGUACAUGGUAGGUCUGGAGUCGAACGCCGAUACUUUCUCGGCCGCAUUUCAUAGAUAUGGCAUCAGCCAUAGCGUGAGCUUCCAGAGUGAUUCAAAAACUCUGAGUGCCCAUCCCUAUUUGGCAGGUCUCAUUGAUCGGGGGGUUGCACUCGGUGGGGGAAAGGCGAGCUCUGCUUUUUUGGGAUCUUCAGUGCAAACUCAAUCCAAUGAUCCCCCUCAAUCUGAUGGCGCAGUUUCCGUUCCGGGACAGUACUAUGAGACGGCGUUUUGGGAUUACGAUCCUACAACUCAAAAUCUCACACCCAAAUGGGUGGAUGUUGAUAACAGGAUUCAUACCCUUGGUGGCAAAGGGCCUCUCUAUCCACAUUGCACAGUGACACUCACCUAG